AUGCCGAUCCCAAACUCGGUCCUCAUACUACCGACUAUCGUGGUGACUUCGCCAGACGGCAUCACGGAUCACAGCAGCACGAUGACCUUCCCAAAUACCCUACGAACAGAUAGUCUGGGCACCCUCACCACUUCGACGCAGGUUGUAGAUGAUCGAUCCUUCGAUACCGAGACCAUCACUCCGUCUUCCUGGCCCACGUUAGCAGGUGUCCCAGCAGGCGCCAUGUGUGCACAGCCAUACAAUGGCCCAUCGGGCGAAUUUGGAUCGAAGCUCUCUUCGACUUGA